UCCGCGUGUGAGUGUGCACCUCACCGGAAGUGCUUGGAUUCCGGGACAGCAGCAGCAGGAAAGAACCACUGCACUGUGCGGCGUGUGUGUCGCCGUUAUAAACUCCUCUCUCUCUCUCUCUUUCUCUCUCUGCCUCAUUCUCCCUCUCUCCAGGGGCUGUGUCAUCCAGCAGCCCACCGACCCUCCAGGUAGAGAUGGGGGGUUCUCAGAGCGUGGAAAUCCCGGGCGGAGGAUCUGAAGGAUACCACGUCCUCAGAGUCCAAGAGAAUUCUCCUGGCCACCGCGCUGGAUUGGAGCCGUUCUUUGACUUCAUCGUCUCCAUGUCAGACACCCGACUGAACAAAGACAACGACACGCUGAAGGAGCUGCUGAAGGGCAGCGUGGAGCGGCCCCUCAAGAUGCUGGUGUACAGCAGCAAGACCCUGGACGUCAGGGAGACCUCCGUCACCCCCAGCACCCUGUGGGGGGGGCAGGGCCUGCUGGGGGUCAGCAUCCGCUUCUGCACCUUCGACGGCGCCAACGAGAACGUCUGGCACGUGCUGGAGGUGGAGGCCAAAUCUCCGGCAGCUCUGGCGGGCCUGAGACCCCACUCGGACUACAUCAUCGGGGCCGACUCGGUCAUGAACGAGCUUGAAUCCUUCUUCAAACAGAGCGAGGAUCUGUUCUCGCUCAUCGAGGCGUACGACGGGAAGGGGCUGAAGCUGUACGUGUACAACACCGACACGGACAGCUGCCGCGAGGUGGUGAUCACCCCCAACUGCGACUGGGGCGGGGAGGGCAGCAUCGGCUGCGGGAUCGGCUACGGCUACCUGCACCGGAUACCCACGCUGCCUUUCUCCGAGGGCAAGAAGAUCAGCUUCCCUGCCCCGACGGCCAGCGGAGCGGCGGCACCACCUAAGGAUGGCUUCACAGAGGUUCACCUGUCGGCCGUGAGUGUCGCGGCCUCACCUGACGCGUCUCCGUCUGUGGGCGGGGUCACCGUCAGCUCCGCCCAGCCGCCCGCCCUCAGCGCCUUCCAGACAGGAGCUCCUACAGUCCCGGUUCCUCACCAUAUCGCCCCUGGACCCCUCCCCCCUGCCGGCCUACCGGGUUUAAUGCCUUUACCCGGACGCCUCCCUCCCCUCCCACCUCUCCCUCCCCUCCCACCCCUCCCACCCCUCCCCAACCUCAACAUCACCUUGCCGGAGUUGAGCAGGCUCUCGCUACAUGGCGUCAGCGGGCUUCCCCCUGCAGGUCUCCCCCCGCUGGCUCCGCUCAACCUGCCCCCUCUGCCCCCGCUGGUCCCGGGGGCGAACCCCCCCCUGUCGGAACGGGUCCUUCCGGGCGCCGGGGCCCCGCCUCCGACGUCCGGCGUUCAGGAGCCCGUCGCCAUGGCGACCCCACCGCUGUCCUACCCCAUGGUCCACGGCUUCCCCCAUCAGUACAGCGCGCCGUCGUCAGGGGCGACGCCUCACCCUGGAAACGUCACCGUGUCGUCGUAAUGGACGCUCAGUUUACAACACCGAUCAAUACACUAAUCCCCCCCCUCCAAACACACGGUUUCGCCGGUCGUCGUAAAAAAGUGUUCAAGCGUGGGGCGCCUGGUUGUUUAGAUAUUUAUAAUGAGCCGAACCCUUUGGCUUUCUUCCCACUGGUCUCAGUAAUAAUUUAGUGAGGAUGGCUGGACUGAAGAUUAAAGUAUAAGGUUUGAGGAUUAUGGGAUAGCAUGCCGGAAUGCAAGGUUAGCGCAUAACACUCGAACCGGAGUCCAUUUCAUUCCUGGCCCCUUGUGAACGUGCUCGUCACGUUUUCACAACCCAGCCAAGUAUUUAAAAAAAAAGAAACUAUUUAUGGUGAUUAAGUGCCAGAAUUCUUCAGGAGGAGACGUUAAAGGUUUAUAUUUACUUUGCUGUAUAUCAUGUUUAGCUCGGGGAUCUUGUAUAGCUUAUAGCGGUUCACUUCAUUAAGUGGUUUUCCUCAUAUUUCUUGUUGAGCCAAGUGUUCCUAAACAGGAUGGGGAAUUUUUCUCAAGUACACGACACUUGACUCAAGCAGGCUGCUGUCCGUGCCUUUAUACACGAUUAGGCUACAACUAUUGAAAGUAAACCGCAGUACCGCUCGGACACCACACGAUGGCAGCAGAAGCUCAGGAGUGACGGCAGGACCCCGCAGUUGACUAUGAAUGACGAUGAUUGUAUUGCAGUGAUCGAUAAUAAAGCAGUUGUGCUUGAUAAGACCUCA